ACCGGCCCAAUAACGUUACUCAAACAUCCAACUCUCUGCUACCUAAAACCCUACUGGCGGUAAGAAGUCAGAAUUCGGUAUUCGUCGAGGGCAAAGCUUCUGCCGCCAUUUACAGUGUUUUUUCUCCUCUGAAAUUUUCUGUGUCGUCGGAGGUAGUGAAAGAUGACGAAGAAGGAGAGGAAGGUGAACACGUCGGGGAAGCCGAAGCACUCCCUGGACACCAAUCGGAGCAAUGGAGCCAGCAGCAGCACCAACUCGCGAAGUGCGGCCACGGUCCGCCGCCUCAAGAUGUACAAGACAAGGCCGAAGCGUGAUAGCAAGGGCAAAGUUCUGAAGCACGAUCUCCAAUCGCAAGAACUACCCAACACUCGUAUCCAGCCGGACAGACGCUGGUUUGGGAACACGCGUGUUGUGGAUCAGAAAGAGCUGGAAUUUUUCAGGGAAGAGCUGCAGAGUCGUAUGUCAAGUAACUACAAUGUUAUUCUGAGAGGGAAGAAGUUGCCCUUUUCUCUUCUGAAUGACCACCAGAAGCAAGCUAGAGUUCAUCUUCUUGAUACCGAGCCUUUUGGGGAUGCAUUCGGGCCCAAGAAGAAAAGGAAGCGCCCAAGACUUUUGGCAGGAGAUUACGAGUCUUUGGCCAAGAAAGCUGAUGAAUCUCAGGAUGCUUUUGAGGAAAAGCAUGGGAGUGGUGCGACUGCAGAAGGGGAUGGCGAGGAUGGGUUUAGAGACCUUGUUCGCCACAAUAUGUUUGAGAAGGGCCAAAGUAAGCGUAUAUGGGGUGAGCUAUACAAGGUUAUUGACUCGUCUGACGUUGUUGUACAAGUUUUGGAUGCAAGGGACCCCCAAGGUACAAGAUGUUAUCAUUUAGAAAGACACCUGAAAGAGCACUGUACACACAAACACAUGGUGUUUCUGCUCAAUAAGUGUGAUCUUGUCCCUGCUUGGGCAACAAAAGGAUGGCUCAGGGUGUUAUCCAAAGAGUAUCCAACUCUAGCAUUCCAUGCAAGCAUUAAUAAGUCAUUUGGCAAGGGUUCUCUUCUGUCUGUACUGAGACAGUUUGCUCGGCUAAAAAGUGACAAACAAGCAAUAUCAGUUGGAUUUGUUGGCUAUCCCAAUGUUGGCAAGUCUUCAGUCAUCAACACACUUCGGACAAAGAAUGUAUGCAAAGUUGCUCCCAUACCAGGGGAGACUAAAGUGUGGCAGUACAUAACUCUUACCAAGAGAAUUUUCUUGAUUGAUUGUCCUGGAGUUGUCUAUGAGAGUAAAGAUUCUGAAACAGAUAUCGUACUGAAGGGUGUGGUCCGUGUCACAAAUUUGGAAGAUGCUACAGAACACAUUGGAGAAGUUCUGAAACGUGUGAAAAAGGAGCAUUUGAAACGUGCAUACAAGAUAGAGGAUUGGGUCGAUGACAAUGACUUCCUGGUUCAGCUGUGCAAAUCUACUGGCAAACUUUUGAAGGGAGGUGAGCCAGACUUGAUGACUGCAGCUAAGAUGAUACUGCACGACUGGCAAAGGGGUAAAAUACCGUUCUUUGUCCCUCCUCCACAACAGGAAGUUAACAACGCAUCAUCAGAGGAACCUACAGCAGAUGGUAUUGAUGAGGCGGCCAUUGCGGACAAAAACAGGGCAUCUGCAGCUUUCAAAGCCAUUGCAAAUGUCAUUUCGACCCAGCAACAGCGAAGUGUCCCUGUACAGAGAGAUCUAUUUAGCGAGAAUGAGUUGAAGGGUGACAAGCCUGGGCAGCAAUCAGUAGAAGAUGAUGAUCAACAAGACUCUGAAGCAGAAGCAGAAGAAGAUACAGGUGAUGAUCAACCUGACAUCGAAGCAGCAGAAGAUGAUGAUCAACAAGACUCUGAAGCAGAAGACGAUGAUGAUCAGCAAGACACUGAAGAAGAGUCAGAUGAUUGAGCUCCCUUUUUUUAUUUCGAAACUCCCAUGGUCCUUUGUACCUUGUUCUCCAUUUUUGGCCUCUGGAGUGUAUCAAAUUCCCUGUUGCUCAGAGUUUUGUUCCCUCCAUACCAGCAUCUUUUGCGUUGAGAGUUGUAAUGUAAGUUAAAACUUGUUAACAAAUGCUGCGAGGAAUAUCAAGAAUUACUAUUCACUGCUUGUAUCUCGUGCGGAGAAGAUGACAUGAAUGGCUGCACUAAGGGAUACUGUGAAACUGUAAGAAGAGGAGCUCAUGGACUUCCUUCACCAGCUCAUGAAUUUGUAUUUGUCAUACUUUAUAAAUUUUUUUUCCUAGAUUCUGGAUCUAUUUUGAGAGAGGUGUCAUUUUCAUAUAGUCUCUGUUUAUAGGCCAAACCAUCCCCCUAAUCAUGG